UUUGUCACAUGACAAAUGGGGGGCGGGGGGACGAGGCAAGACCUCAAAAGGGAGGUCUGUGCCUGCACCACCAAGCAGAACAGCGCCAUAGUAACCAUGAAGACCACACUCGCCAGCGCCGCUCUCCUGGUCCUGGUCCUGGUUCUGGGCUGGAGCUGUGAGGCCUUGCAGGUCCAGGAGAACGGCUUGUCCUUCUCGCUGGAGGCCGUCAAAAGGCUACAGGAGAUGUCGGGGAGCAGCAACCCUCGCCUCAGGUCCAGCUCCUCGUCCAUGUGUGAGGACCCCAUGCUGCCCCAGGAGCUCCUGCCACUGUGCAAACAGAAGGGGGCGUCGGCCUCUCUCGCCAGACUAGCCGUGGUGCCUCUGGACGUCUGCGAGAUAUGCGCCUUCGCCGCCUGCACCGGCUGCUGAGCUAACACGCUAUUAAGAGCUCCUAGCUUCUUUUUCCUUCUCUUCAGUUUGCAAUUUUCUUGUCAAAAUGCGAGCGGAAGGAGAAAGUUUGUUACUUUCAGGCGUUUGAGCCCUUUUUCCUGUCGCUUUUAUGUUUUCUUUUGUUACAUUUCUAUUUAAAAUGUCUUCAUCCUGUUUUUAUUGUUUGGAAUAAAAAAGUGUGCAUUGCAAGUCA